CUUUCUGAAGAUCCCACACUCACUGCAGUAAGAGAAAAAAUAAAUAUAGAUCAGGAAAAUUUGGUUUAGGUGUUUCACAUUACUUGUCCAGCUCAACCGAAACUGAAUGAUUUCUUUUGCAUGUAACAGAACAUCUGUUUCUGUAACAGAUAACGUUUAGUGUUUCUGACAAAAAAAAUUAAUAGAUGCGACUCUAUACGAUUGGUCGGUAUGAGAUGAGAGACGUCGUGACGUCACGUCGUUUAAAGACAGCGACUCAGUGAUGUUCAGCAGAACCAAAAAAGUUGCAGAGCACUACCGAUAGAACGCGCGUGAAUGUUGUAUCAGCAAUCUGCACACACUGAUCUGUAAACUCAGAUCGCGUCUCCAGAAUUUUCUUUCAACACUGCGUUUCCUUGUCUUGAGUGUCGGAUAUCUGUGCGGUGGUUCUGAGGAUUUAUUUGGGCGAUCUGAUACUCUGGGUUGUACAGAUUUCUACAGCCAUUUCUGUGAUGCAUAUGAACUGGACAGAGAUGCCUAUCCAUAACUUCUCCAUGGGUAACGGGUCAGAGGAAGACUAUUAUGAUGAAUAUGAUGAUGAGCAUGCAGAACUCAGGCAAUCACUCAACAUCAUGUCACUCAUAGUCUACUGUUUAGCCUUUGUGCUUGGAGUGGUUGGGAAUGGCAUUGUGAUCUGGGUGUCUGGAUUCACGAUGAAGAAGACAGUGAAUACAGUUUGGUUUCUCAACCUGGCAGUAGCAGACUUCCUUUUCACUGCCUUCUUGCCUCUCAGUGUGGCUUACACAGCCAUGGGCUUCCACUGGCCAUUUGGACGCUUCAUGUGCAAGCUCAACAGCACACUCAGUUUCCUCAACAUGUUUGCUAGUGUGUACAUCCUAGUGGUGAUUAGUGUGGACCGUUGCAUAUCAGUUGUGCAUCCAAUAUGGGCACAGAACCAUCGAAGUGUCAGCUGUGCAUCUGGACUGAGCCUUGGUGUCUGGGUAUUUGCUUUACUUUUGAGCUCUCCCUACUUUGUCUUCAGGGACACUGCUCCAGAUUACAAUAAUCCAAACAUUAUCAACUGCUUUAACAACUUUGCCUUUUCUGAUGAUUAUGAGACUACAGAGGUGGUGGAGCUCCGUCUCCUGCGACACCGUGCUAUGAUCAUCACACGUUUUCUCCUGGGGUUUGUUGUGCCUUUUUCAAUCAUUGUCUCCUGCUAUGCAAUCAUCAUCCAUCGCCUCAAAAGAAACCGCUCAAUGUCUGGUCGCACAGGGCGCCCUUUUAAAAUCAUUGCUGCUGUGAUCACAGCUUUUUUCUUAUGCUGGGCUCCAUACCACAUCCUGGUGCUGAUCGAGAUGGCUCACCACAUGGCCCCCAAGAAUAGCCCAACCCUGGAGCAUAUAACUACUAUUGGCAUUCCCAUAGCCACUAGUUUGGCUUUUCUCAACAGCUGCCUGAACCCAUUAUUGUAUGUGUUCAUUGGUCAGGAUUUCAAAGAUAAGGUGCGGAAGUCUAUAUUGAAAGUGCUGGAAACAGCAUUCACAGAGGAGGUAUCACGCACUAACACCUGCACAAACUCCAUGCUCAACACCCGCAUCAAAGAUCAAGGAAGUAAGUCCUUUUCUGAUGUAGAGCUGUAAGAAACAGAUGCAAAUGGAUUUUUACCCAGUAGAGGGCACACUUCACUGCAAUUUUGGCAACUAUAAGAAACAACCUUAGAAUGCAUACAGCAUAAAGGACAGAAAUAAAAACUGCAAGCUGCAAACAUUUUGGUCCAUGACUAACUAUAACACAACUUUUAACAGCAGUACAGCUCAAACUUAUGUAUAUAUGGGUAGUGUCUCUAAUCCACUGCUUGGUCAAUAUUUUGGAAGAAGAUAGUCCUUGGUCUUGAAGAAAUCAAUAGCUGUUCCUCAUACUGAAGCAAAAGAGCUACAAAAUAUCACUGUCAGCUUAAACACAAAGAAAGUAUAAAAUUUUAGGUGAUAAGUAUGGAGGUCCAGAAAGGCCAUGAGUUUUUUCUUUUUUUGUACUGUUAUUUUGAGAUCACAACUUAUUUUUCUUGUCAUCUCAAAAUAUCAAAAGCUGGGUUUUUUUUUGUUUGUUUGUUUGUUUUUAGAUCACAACUUAUUUUUCUCAUUAUGUCAAAAUGCAUUUUUAGGCAUAUAUGAUAUACAUCAACUUUGAGCACAUAUGUUUUUACUUUAAUCAGGGAUUAACACGAGAAAAAAGCUGGUGCAAUGAUAGAGAGUUGCAAUAUAUGUAUAUUUCCACUUCAGGAUCAAUAAAAUAUAUAUAUAUGUCUAUCUUAUAUUUAUGAUCGCUAGACAUUUUCCAAAUUAGUGUCCAUCACUUGGGAAGGCGACUAAGAAGUCUGCAACUAUUUUGUUUUUCUGUUACAUUAUAGUGAUCUUGAAUGGGUGGUCAAUUUCAUUGCCAGCCUAAUUGAGGGACCAGGACAUCUCCAUGGUUAUUUCACGAUGCUUAAGAGAUGCUGCAUAGAUGAUUUGCGGUUCACGAGACAAGUGGUGAUCAAAAUGUUUGAAAAUAUGAUGUAAUUACUGCAGAAACACCAUAAUACCAAUUAUAUGACAAUGUGCCACUGGCCACAAUAAAGUAAUGCUAGUAUGCUACUGCUAUGCCACUGGCCACAAUAAUGUAAUGCCAGUAUGCUACUGCUACAUGAUCUUGGAAAAUAACUUUUGUUACUGCGAAUUCACAAGAACAAUAAGGUAUGAGCUCAAGAAAACAUCUUUUGUUAUAUUGAGACCGCAAGAAAAAUAAGUUGUGAACUUGAUAUAACAGUACUGAAAAAAAAUAAGUAACUCAUGGCCUUUCUGAACUUCCAUACACAAGACAUUGUUUUAUAAGGCAAAGUUGACUUUGUUUUUUGUGGGAUUACCAAAAAUGCAUGGUAUUGUUAGUAUUCCAGGCUGCUGACAGUUGGAGUUGGGCUCCACAUGACAGCACAUUUCUGAAAUUCUAGGAUGGGCAGCUAUCCAAGAUGCAUUUUUUUUUCGUUGCUAAAAAAAGAAGUAUUGAUAGCCAAAAUAUACUACAUACGUUUUACUUUAGUGCAAUUUGAGUGUUUCAAAGCGCAUAUAGGGCUUAAGAGUGAACUAGGCAUGAGAAUUAAAUUGUUAACAUACAUUUGAUCUGUUCUGUACUGAAAUAAUAUGAUAAAUUACCAGCAAGCAUCUUACCUAGAACUAUAUUAUUAUUUUUGUAUGUUUUAAUAUUACAGUUGGUAUUAUAAUAAACUGGAUGCAGACUGUUUCUGUACUUCCUCUGUCCUCAGCAUGAUGAAGACCUUUAA